UGAAAUGAAGCAGAAGUUGGAUGAAGAGGGUAACAAGUGCAGCAUCCUUUCCAAGCAGCAGAAGUUUAACGAGCAUUGCUGUAUUCGCUGCUGUUCCCCUUUCACGUUUCUUAUCAACAGCAAGCGACAGUGUCAAGACUGCAAGUAUAACAUCUGCAAGAGCUGCAGUUCUUACCAGAAGAAGGAGAAGGCUUGGAUUUGCAGUGUCUGCCAGCAAGCGAGGCUCUUAAGGACCCAGUCUUUGGAUUGGUACUAUAAUAAUGUCAAAAGCCGCUUUAAGUGUUUUGGAAGUGCCAAAGUCCUGAAGAACUUAUACAAGAAGCAUAGACUGGAGAGCGGAGUUUGUCCUGAUGUAACAGAAGGAGGUUUUUUUGAAGGAAGCUUUGAAAAUGAAGGAAGCAUUUGUGGGAGUGACUCUACAUUCUACCGACAGACAGAAGGACACAGCAUGAUGGAUACCCUUGCUGUGGCCUUACGUGUUGCAGAGGAAGCAGUGGAAGAAGCUAUUUCUAAGGCAGAGACCUACAGUGACAGCCUGGACAAGCAGAACGAGGCUUGUUACUUGCAGGAACACAAGGAGGACCUCAUAGAAGAGCUGGCCACAACCAUUGUGCAGAAGAUUAUAAAGAAGCAGAAAAGCAAACCUGAACAGGCUGAGGCUGACUUUGAAUGGCCACCAUCCAGGAGCAGUGGCCUGGCGUCUGUUGCUGUCUCAGAUCAGAGUAUGCUGACUUUUCCAGGGAGCCGCAGGGGGUCCUACACAUUGUGGAGGUCUCAGUCUGCAUUCUCCCUGGCUAGUGAAGAUAUGCCCAGUAAAGGACUAGACCCUGCAUCAUCUGUGACUGAGGCUCUUUGGAGGCAGCAAAAAGGACAAUUCAGGAGACAGAAGGAACGCAAGCUCUCUGCAUUACCCAGCUGGAAAAGUGUGGACCGGCUAAAUGAAACAAGUCCACCUUCUGUUUUUCAAAGCACUGAUGGAAACUGGGUAGCUUUGCAGAAUGUCACUUUGCCUCGUCCUCGAAUGCUCGCCAAACCAAAGAGUCAAGUAUUUGAAGCUUUGGAAAAUGAAUCCAGCAUUGUGUCUGCCUAUGACGAGAUGGGCUCAGACAGUGAGGAUGACUAUGACUGGAAUGUGGCCUUGAACAAGCUGCGUCGGAGACCUCGGCAAUUACCAGAUGACUUCUAUUAUACCAAUUCCCAGUAUGGUACUGAAUGGGUUUAUGGCAAUGAUCAGUACCAGGCAGUGACCUCCCCUUCCUCUGGGUUAUGCACCAAUACUGAGACACUGUUCUCCGAUUCUGAAACAUCUUCAGUAAACUCUUCCCAGGAAGCUAAAGGACCUAGCAAGCUUCUCUGGUUACAAAGCAGAACUGAAAGUGAUAUGCCCAGAAUGGAAAAAAAACAUUUCCAUGGAGAACUGGAUGUAAAUUUCAAUCCACAGGCAACCAGCUUGGAGUAUUUGGACAGCAGUGAGACUGAGGAAGUCCAUUAUGAUUUAGAAAAGAGAUCAAGAAGGUGGAGGAAGAACAAAGCGAUUUCUGAAGAAUUAUGUGAAGGAAAAAAUGGCACAAAACCCAACAAGAUGAAUUUAAGUCAGGAUUUCGAUGAUUUAUCAGAAACAGAUAUAAGCAGUGAGGAUCAGCAUCAUAACAUCAAACCUGACCUUAUGGAAGAGGAGCUUGAAUCCAGGUCAUUUCAGCUUGCUGCUAAAAUGAGUGACAAGGAAGCAUCUUCUGGUGAAGAACAAGAGUCAGAACCUAGAACAGACCCUGAAAACCAAAAGGAGAGUUUGUCCUCAGAGGAAAAUAGCGGAAAUAUUCAGGAAGAGUUAAAGAAGAAGUACUCUGCUGUCUCUCUCUGCAACAUAUCUACAGAGGUCCUGAAAGUCAUCAAUGCCACUGAAGAACUGAUAGCAGAAUCCACUGGUCCCUGCGAUUUCCCAGCUGACGUUCAGGACAGAGGAAGAGGGACGUUCCCACUGGGGACGGACCCCAUCAGACUCGAUGAGCAGCUCACCACACUGGAAGAAAACGUGUACUUGACAGCCAGCACGGUGUACGGGCUGGAGGGGCAGCUGACGAACCUGGAGGACGCCGCACGCAAGAUCAACAGUGUUACUGCAGAAUCUGAGCUGGCCGAUCUGGAGGAUCAGGUGGCCACAGCAGCCGCCCAGGUUCAUCAUGCGGAGCUUCAGAUUUCAGAUAUUGAGAGCAGAAUAUCAGCUCUCACUGUUGCAGGCUUGAACGUGGCUCCAUGUGUUCGCCUGACAAGGAAACGGGAUCAAAAGCAAACAAACCAGAUGCAUACAAUAGACACAUCAAGACAGCAGAGGAGAAAACUUCCAGCUCCACCAAUAAAAGGUGAAAAAAUAGAUGGUUCUCCAGUUACCACUGUCAGAACGUUUAACAGAAACUUCAUGCUUCAAGGAUCUCUAACACAAAGAACUGAAGAGAGGAAAAGCACUGCCAAGGACUUAAUGGAACCUGCUAUAGGAUCUGCUGUGAUGUACUAAACUUACACUUCCCUACUGCCAAUAACACACUGCCUAAGGCUGUACACUAGAGUGCCUUUACUUAACAGCCAUUGUGUAUGUCCAGCUGAAAAUGGACCCUCAAGAACCCACAAUGCCUCAGUUAUAGGGCUUCGUUUGGAUACCUCACUGAGAAAGCUGUCCAAGUCUUCAGCAUUGUGGUCUGCUAAAGGAAACUCUGCCUUAAAGUUCUCACAAGACUCUAGAAAGGAUGCUGAGUUUCAAAAGCAAGGCUCCACAUUUUAAGAUGCACUUUUUCUCCCCAUUGAUUGUACUAAAGUAUGUCGUCUUUGAACUGCAGUAUGUUUUUGUAGACUCAGUCAAUCAUAAUUAUAGGCCAAUAUUUCAUACAAAAAGAAAGAACAAAGCAGACCUGUGAUCCAUAUUUGCUGGCCUCUUACUAUUCACGUAGGCAUCCAUCUUGCCGAGCAAUAAGAACAACUCUGUGCAGUGUAUGCUGCUUUUCAGCUGCGUGGUGGGAGUGGAGAAUCAGCAUACCUAGCUCUGCUCCCAGUGAGUCAGUGGAAGUUUUGACAGGGUUUGUAGGAGGAGGUGCAAUGUGCAAAGACUUCUCUGUUCACUGAGGGUAUGUUUGGCAGAGUUAAUGUUCUAGCUCCAGAGCUAGGUAGUUUGCUCUUGGCAGCAGGGGGGACAUGGAUGUCAUGUUGAGCCGUGAAUUGGUGGCAGCACAUGUGGACCAGAUGUCUGCUGAGUUACGAUCCUGGCAUCUGGAAAUAUCUGAACACUGCUGUGAAACCCACACCUUUGUAUGUCUCGUUCUUCUUGAUAGCAUUGUCUGCUUGGUGGUGUCGAACCACACUGUAGUUCAGAAUAAAUUCUGACUAAAUCUUUAAGAUUGGAAAAAGGAAGUAAAAGCAUUGUAGAUGAGAUCUCUGCUGACUGACUGCUGGUUGUAGGGUGGCUGCAACCUGUAAGAGAUUCCCUUCUGCAGUUUCCUGGCUUUUCUGAGGGGGAGGAAAAUGUACCCCAGAUGUCUCUUCCUUUACCACUCUGUAGCCAACGUGGAGUAGCUGGGGCCUACACUGGUGCCAU